GCUAUAGUCUAUUUCCUCCAGAUCAGAAUGGUGUGUUGCAUGCCUUCCGUUUGGGAAAACAGCAGAACAUUUCACUCCAUGGGAGACUUUCAGGAAUUUGCGAGCCGGAUUGAGUCCUGCCCACUCAUGCACUGCUCUCUGACUCCACCCAGGUGUGUGCAGGAUUCAGCUCUCAGACAGAUGAAGAAUCUCCUGAGUGCCCUUGAUGAUCCACGGAAGGCAGAGGCAUUUCGGGACACCGUCUGUUCCUUUUACGAGUGUUGCAUGUCAUACUUGGAGGAAUGGGGAGCUCCGUUGAAGGAGACAGAAGUUUUCUCCUGGACUCUCCUCUCCACUGUCCCGCAAUGGGAUGAGGUUGAGUCAUCCUUCCAGUUCGUCACAUCAAGAUUGCGAGAGUGCAACAUCAGUGAGACGGAGCUGUUUGAUGAGACCUCAUCGGUGUGGGCGUUUGUAACUGGGAGGGUGGAUCAAUGGAAUGCUGAGGGCAAGGCAGCAGAUGAGCGCUGGGUUGACAUGUUAGGGCAUUUCAAAAAUAGGGAGAUUCCUCAUCGCAAUGUUAGGCAGCUUUGCGAAUUUGCAAUGUGCCUCCCUGGCACCAAUGCGCCCGUUGAGAGAAUUUUUUCUCUCAUGAGCAAUACAUGGACCGAUGAGAGGAAUCGCAUGACCGUGCCAACACUGAAAGCCUUACUGAUCACCUGUGUGAAUUUCGACGACACGUGCGCACAAUUUCACAGUUGACUCUCGGCCAAUAAAACCCUACUGGAAAAGAUUCACUCUUCUUGUAAAUAUACGUAGGCUAAUGCAUUUUGUUUAGGGUGGGUGGAUUGACAGUCGCCUUAGCUUUGUUCCUGUGCUUUGUUCUUGUACUGAGUUGGGUAGCCUAUGUUGCAAAUGAUGUGCGCUCCUGUGGGGGCUUUCCUCGGGCUGUCGCCCCUCUCCUCCUUUAUUGUUGUUUUGUUUGAGUGUAUAUUCUCAAAUCACUUGUCUCUUUUUUGUUUCUGUUUAACAUACCAUUCUGACAGUUUGGCCAUAUUGCUGUGUUGAACAGCUU